CCGCCAGCAGAGCUCCCCGGCUCCUGGGGAAGGUAGCCGGACCGGUCGCCGGCGUGUGCGCUGGAGGAGGAGGAAGACCCGGGGGUGGCGGGAACCUGCGUGGGGACGUCGCCCCGGAGGGAUGCGGAGUCGGGUCCUUCCGCACGGAGUUUCGUGAUCUCGGACAGAUGUGACACGCACCUGCUGGGCUGAGAAAAGAAUGACCAUGCCACCGAAGGGGAAUAAAGGAAAAGGCCAGGGCAAACCUCACGGGAAGAAGAAGCAGAGACCAGAGGUGGACAUCCUCAGCCCUGCCGCCAUGCUCAACCUCUACUACAUCGCCCACAACGUGGCCGACUGCCUGUACCUGAGGGGCUUUACCUGGCCUGGCGCUCCCAAAGGGAAGAAGGGAAAAAGCAAGACCUAGUCACGUGAUAGGAGUUCAAAGCAUCUCUUGGUUUUCGGAGGACAGAACUUGAGGAAGAGCAAUCAGGACCGCUUGAUGACUGCAGGCCAAAUAGGUUUGGCCGAAGACACCUCGACCCGCAUGCUCGGUGUACUUUUCAGUGGUAAAUACGGUAAAGAAAUAUGUUGUUAGUUCCACAACUAAGCCAGGUGCAGUAAGCUGCUUUAGUUGUGCAGACGUUAUGGAAGAAAACCAAGCCCGAAUAUUACAUACUGGGCUGGAGUUGGUACUUUAAAACUUAUUAUGAUCAUAAUUCUGGAACAAAAUUAAACCUUGUUGUCAUAAGUUA